AUGGAUGGAUGGAUGGAUGGUAUUCGGAGGGUAGUAAAUCUGAGAAGAACAAGGAACUCCUCCACUUCCCCGGAAGUAUACGUCUUUCCGGUUCCGUGUGACGUCAGGCGGUCAAUGCUGCAGUCGCCAUUUCAUCUCUGAAAACGUACAACACAGAGCCCGCAGUUUACAGUGACAGAGAGGAUCCAAGAUGGUGAAAAUCUUCAUCGGCAACUUGUCGUCUGACACUACAUCAGAUGAACUCCGCUCUCUGUUCUCCCAGUAUGGCAAGAUUUCAGAAUGUUCUAUUGUGAAAAACUUCGGCUUUGUGCACAUGGAUGACAAAUCAGAGGCAGAAGAAGCUAUACGCAACCUGCACCAGUACGAGCUUAAUGGCCAGCCGUUGAAUGUAGAAAUGAGCCGAGGGAAGGCAAGAGGAUCCACCAAGCUCCAUGUCGGCAACAUUGCGUGCACCAAUCAAGAGUUAAGGGCCAAGUUUGAAGAGUUUGGCUCUGUGGUGGAGUGCGACAUUGUUAAAAACUAUGCUUUUGUUCACAUGGAGCGAGUGGAGGAUGCCAUGGAGGCUAUUAAUAAGUUGGACAACACAGCUUUUAAAGGAAAACUGAUGAGCGUGAAGCUAUCAACUAGCCGCCUGCGUACUGCGCCGGGAAUGGGAGAACGAUCGGGUUGUUAUCGUUGCGGGCAGGAAGGCCACUGGUCCAAAGAAUGCCCUCUAGACCAAAAUGGCUACCAGAGAAAUGGCUCAGAGCCAAACUCUGAGGGAUUCGAUUCCUCGAGAUUCGGCGGGCGUGGUCGCAGCAGGGCUUUUCCAGACUUCAGUGCAGCUCCGGAUUAUGACGGCAGCUACGGUCCUGCUUUUUCCCGGGUUUCCGCUCAAAGCAACAGCAUGGCGGGUUACAGAGGAGGUACGGGCUAUGAGAACGCAGUGCGGUAUGGGCCACCGCAAGCUUACGGCAUAAGCGCUGUUGCUGAUAAUACCGUGGCUCGGAUGUACGGCAGCGAGUCGGCAUACAGGAGCAACGCCGCGGUCUAUGGCGCGGUACCAGCCUAUUCGGUGCGACGGUCGCCCUACGACGAAAGGGAUCCGUACGGGGUCGUGGACUACUACGAGAAGUACAGGGCCAAUUCUUACGGAGGCACUUAUUAUGACGACCGGCGUGUUGUCCCUGUGCCUGGUCCAACAACGCCAGCCUCCACAGCUGUGAGGGAACGUGUUCCCCCCACUAGCAUUGAUCCAUACGUGUGUCCUCCCCUCCCUCCUCCUCCUCCAGCAGCCCCGGUGUCUACAUACUACGCACGUGACCGGAGUCCGAUACGGAGAGUCGCCGGCGACGCGGCUGGAUACGCAUUUGAGCGAUCGCGGCUUUCCCCGGUGCCCGUGACUCCCAGGAGUGGUACCUACGAGCAUUUGCGGGAUCCUGUUGCUGAACGGGCACGAUAUACUUACUAAGCUUUGUGUGGUUUAGCCGAGUGGGAGCAGAUAAACGAUCAAGCAAACAGAAUAGCCUAAGUGCCACUGGAAUCACUGAGAAUUUCAAUUGAUGGUUUGAGUCAGGAUGCAUUGUGUUGUGUAUGACGUGUGGGUGGGCAGCCUAGACGGUGGGCACAGAGAUUUAGCCAGUCAGUAGAUCUCUGUUCAGUGGAGUGUAUGGAAUAUUCUGCUUUGUUCCCGUUUUAGGUUAUGUUGCAGUGCAGUAAAAUAACUUCCUUUCAUUUUUGUACUGAUCUGUUGUAUUUGUACAGUUCUACAAUGAUUAAGCCAGUGUAUAAAAGCAGGUUUUUAGUUCCUUUCAUGUAACUUGUCCUUGUACAAGUUUAGCAUAUAUUAUCAUACGCCUCAAAUAAAGUAGUGCAUGGUGAAUAUGUAAAGGUCAAACUUUUUGACGUUUCCAUUGUGUUUUGUCCGUGCUAGUGUAUUGUGAUAGUCAAGUUCACAUUGUUAUUACGUAUAUUUUUAACAACUGCAGAUGUAGUUUAAGUACCGAGUGCAUCCGACAUAGUAGUGCAAAAUCAGACGAGUGCAGAGGUUAAAAUAGUUUUUUGUCGAGGGUUGGGGUUUAGUUUGAAAAAAAAUUUUACGUUUGAUUUGAGGGCUCUUUGAUAUGAAUUUAUUUUUUAAAUACUGAUUUCAUUGACCGUGAUGAAGCUUUAGGUCUUCAUGUUGUAAUGCAACCGAGUCUCAAAGCAAAAUCAUGUUUGCUUUGCAAGCACAAAAUCUACUGGGUAAUUUUCACAGCUGGGACUCUUUAUUUUUGUUUGCUUUUUACCAGUUUUUAAGGAGUUCAGUGCUGCCACCAGACUGUCAGUUGGUGGCCUUUGGUCAAGCAGAGAACCUGAGCUAGUCUCCUCUCAAACUAACCAUACUCAGCAUCUUAUUUUGGGCUUUGCUAUUUCCUUGUUUUCUAUGUAGCUGUACCUUAUUUCAGAAAAUGCAUUAGAGUCCAGCGCCGAUGUUAAUACUGCAAGUAGGAAGUUAGGGUUUCUGAAACCACCUAGCUUGACUGAAAAACACGUCUGUAGAGAAAUAGCUUUGUUUGUGGGUUUCUGGGUCACUGAUCUCUGCCAUUCCAACACGUUAUUUUCAAAGCUGUGAUGUGUAGCACUAAAAAGUAUCACCUUGAAGCAUUGUGCAUGAACAAGAAGGUCCAUGUUUAUUUUUGUGUGAGACCAGGCUAUGUUAUGUUCUAAUGGCGUGACUUUAGUUAUCUUAUUCUCUCCUGUUUCCUUUUGAUUUAAAUAAAUUCUUUAUAGUGCAAAAGUUAA